AACAUGGUGCCCGCUUAAUGCAGCAAGAAGCAUCCAAGAAAGGCCCAGGAAAACUGACUAUGGACCAGAGGUCAAGCACUAUCUCACAGAGCUCUCUUACCUGCCCAGGCUAUUUCAGUAAUGAUGUAACUACAGAGACACUUCCUGUGGCAGAGAAAAGAGGUAGUGAGCUGCUGUUUCAGGAUGUGAGGGCCUGCGGGAGUGAAGCAGGGCUCUUUCAGUUGCCGGCCUACCACCUGCCUGCUGCUGUUCAAGCUCUGGUCGGCGCUGCCCACAGUCCCCAUGGUGGGCACUCCCCGCGACGGGGACCUGUGAACAGCGACGACGGCAUGCCAGGGAAGCCCAAGCACCUGGGUGUCCCCAACGGGCGCAUGGUUCUGGCUGUCUCAGAUGGAGAGCUGAGCAGCACGGCGGGCUCCCAGGGCCAGAGUGAAGGCCGAGGCAGCUCCCUCAGCAUCCACAGCCUCCCCAGUGGCCCCAGCGGCCCCUUCCCUACUGAGGACCAGCCCGUGGCCAGCUGGGCCCUGUCCUUUGAGCGGUUGCUACAGGACCCCCUGGGCCUGGCUUACUUCACCGAGUUCCUGAAGAAGGAGUUCAGCGCUGAGAAUGUGACUUUCUGGAAGGCCUGUGAGCGCUUCCAGCAGAUCCCGGCUAGUGACACCAAACAGCUAGCUCAGGAGGCCCGCAACAUCUACCAAGAAUUCUUGUCCAGUCAGGCACUGAGCCCCGUGAACAUUGACAGACAGGCCUGGCUCGGGGAGGAAGUGCUGGCUGAACCCCGGCCAGAUAUGUUCCGGGCACAGCAGCUUCAGAUCUUCAACUUGAUGAAGUUCGACAGCUACGCGCGCUUUGUCAAGUCUCCACUGUACCGCGAGUGCCUCCUGGCCGAGGCCGAAGGGCGCCCCCUGCGGGAGCCUGGCUCUUCGCACUUGGGCAGCCCCGAAGCCAGCAGGAAGAAGCCGAAGCUGAAGCCCGGGAAGUCGCUGCCGCUGGGCGUGGAGGAGUUGGGACAGCUGCCUUCAACUGAGGGUCCUGGGGGUCGCCAGCUCCGCAAGUCCUUCCGCAGGGAACUGGCGGUGGGUGCUCCCAACUUGCGCAGAGAGUCCCAGGGCUCCCUCAACUCGUCUGCCAGUCUGGACCUAGGCUUCCUUGCCUUCGUCAGCAGCAAAUCUGAGAGCCACCGGAAGAGCCUUGGGAGCUCAGAGGGUGACAGUGAAAACCAGUUGGGAAAGUACUGCUGUGUGUACCUGCCCGAUGGCACAGCCUCCUUGGCCCUCGCCCGACCCGGCCUCACCAUCCGUGCCAUGCUGGCAGGCAUCUGUGAGAAACGAGGCCUCUCUCUACCUGAUGUCAAAGUCUAUCUGGUGGGCAAUGAGCAGAAGCCUCUGGUUCUGGAUCAGGACUGCACAGUGCUGGCCGACAAGGAAGUGCGGCUGGAGACCAGGAUCACCUUUGAGCUGGAGUUGGCAGACCAUGUGGUGCGGAUCUCCACCAAGCCCACCAAGCGGCUGCAGGAGGCACUGCAGCCUGUCCUGGCGAAGCACGGCCUGAGUCCUCAGCAGGUGUCACUCCACAAGCCAGGGGAGAAGCAGCUGCUGGAUCUGGAGAAGCUCGUGAGCUCCGUGGCUGCCCAGAGACUGGUUUUGGACACCCUCCCAGGUGUGAAGAUCCCUGAAGUGAGCCACACAUCCCCCUGCCGCAGCCAGGGUGACCCACCUAGAACCCAGAACAAGGCAGCCCACCCUUCUCUACCACCCCUCAACUCGCUGGCCGAGGCGUCCAGUAGUGUCACUGGGAAGCGGCAGACAUGUGACAUUGAAGGCCUGGUGGAGCUGCUGAACCGGGUACAGAGCAGUGGGGCCCAUGACCAGAGAGGCCUUCUGCGCAAAGAGGACCUGGUGCUUCCAGAAUUUUUGCAGCUGCCUGCUCAAGGGCCCAGCUCCCAGGAAGCCCCACCACAGACUGAAUCAGCGGCCCAGCCCAAAGGACACUCCUCGGACUCCACCGCCCACUCAGCCCUCUGACUGUUGCCCAACAGUCCAGGCCCGCUGCAUGGCACCUCAUGGGCCAAGCAUGCCGUGGGCCCGCUCUGCAUGCCCUGUUUGUGCCAUGAAUGUCCCUGGCCCCUUCCUGCCACGGGCAGGCCCGAGGGCAGGGCUGGGAUGGCUGGGGAGGUGGUUCAGCUGCCACCGCGUGGUCUCUCACGGGCCCCCCACCACCCCUUAUUGCCAGCCCACUGCGGGGAGGUGGAUCUAGUCCCCACACAGGCAUGCUCAACAGAAAGGGGUGGCGUUGGCAGUGCCAGCCUCCCCUCCUGGUGCCGAGCCUCAGCGGGGAGCAGGAGGAGGGGCUGGCCCUUCCUCAGGGAGCUGGUAUGAGUGCAGCUGGGGUGCAGGCAGGUGGGCAGCCCCUCCCUCUACCUACGUCGACUCUACUGUACAUACGGAUUUUGCGGUUGGCUUGGGGCAGCUGGGUUUGUCCUGGA